CAAUAAUGGUGUGAAACCGAAUAAAAAGACGGAUGAAGAAUGGACAAAAAUGAAUCGAAAAACUGUCGCACAAAUUCGACAAUGGAUAGAUCAUAGUGUGUUCCACCAUGUUGCUCAAGAACAAAGUGCUUACACACUAUGGGAGAAGCUUGGUAGCAUGUAUCAAGCAAAAACCGCCCGAAAUAAGACGUUACUAAUGAGGAGAUUAGUAAACCACAAAUUACGUGGGGGUAUUUCGGUGUCAGAACACACCAGUCAAUUCCAGGAUCUUGUGAAUCAGUUGAGCACCACCGGAUGGGUUUUCAAAGAUGAAGAGCAGGCGAUACUACUCUUGAGCUCUCUACCUGACAGCUGGGAGACUCUUGUUGUCACUCUCAGUAAUUCUGCUCCAAAUGGGAAGGUGACUAUGCAGAUGGUCACAGAUGCCCUGAUGAAUGAAGAAGCCCGAAGGAAGGAAGCCGGGACGGAACAAUCAUAUGUCCUCAUAUCAGAAACUAACAGACGAGGGGGAGGCAG